UUAUAAAUACUUUUCAGUCAUAAAUAUGAAUUAUAUGUAUUUCUCUUAUAUUCAUAAUUCAUAUAACACACUGACAUUAAAUUGAAACUGAAAAAAAAAGGAAACAAAAGCAUGUUAGCAUAUAUAUCUACUAAUAACCUUUGAUCAUUCCAUAGGACCAUAGCCAUAUCCAAAGAACUCCAAAACCUCAAAGAAGAUUUUAUUUUCUUCCCUAAAAAAUCAGCGUGGAAAGUUAGAGCAUGGGCUACAACAAAGAUCUAACUUCUCACUCUCUUGCUCAUCACUGUACUAAAAAACCCUAACUCAUAUAUAUACUUAUGUACACUUUGGGUCUACUAGAUAAUGCUUUUCUGUCUAUAAACUAUUUUUAUCAAUGUGUAAAUGAUAUAUGAUUUGCUUGGAUUAAUACGUUUCAGGCAACAUGGACGACAUCAGAAAUGAUGAGCAGAUCAUAACCGGAUCCGCAGGAGAACCCAAAGAGAGGGAAAAAUACAUGCACUCACGGUGGAAUCCGACGCCUGAGCAGACGAUGGUGCUUGAAGAGGUUUACAGCAGCGGAACACGGACGCCGACGACACAACAGAUCCAAGAGAUUGCAUCUAAGCUCCAAAAGUAUGGGAGAAUUGAAGGAAAGAACGUUUUCUACUGGUUCCAAAACCAUAAGUCAAGGGAGAGGCUGAAACGACGCCGUGGUGAUCAACAAGGAGUUACUACUAUUAGUAACGUUCAUGAAGAAACUCUACGCAAGGACAACGUCAUUGUAGAUACGGCAAACAAGGAUUCAUCAUCAGUCUCGAGAAGGAGAGGUGAUCAUCGAGUUAUUCACACAAGUACUUAUUUAUCUCCUUCACCCACACAUCCACAGAAAAACUCUAUUGAUGAUGGGAAGCGGGAAGAAUAUAAGAGGGGGUUAGAGGAAGAAAAGGAAACAACUUCCCAAAAUCAGAUACAUCCAAGCAACAGUUCAGACUUUAACUACCAUCUGAUAACUGCUUCUAAACCAAGUCAAGAAGAAGAGCAGCAGUACAAGCUGAAUGAUGAUGAAGAAGAAGAAGAAGAAACAAGGAAAAGCCGAACGCUAGAUCUCUUUCCGGUUAUAGAGAACCAAGAGAUAAUCGGUUUUGAAGAGAAGAACACAAAACCAAACCAGUUGUACUGCAACUACUGUUAUUAUUACGAGUUCAUGCCUCUGAUGAACUGAAGCCAAAACCCAUGUGGGUCGGUUGGAUUUAUUUAAUGAAGAUUUUGUAGCUUUGUGUGAAAAAGGGUUAAGUAAUGUGUCUGAAGGGAAGUGUGAGAGAGAGAAAAGAGGUUGUAGAUGGAGACGUGUAGUAAAUGUUGGGUGUAUUAUAACCCGAAUGUGAAGCUUGGAGCAUUUUAAGGUUUGGAGCUGAGACUGUGUCUUAAAGCUUCGAUGUUUCGUUGUCUGUGUAAGGAAUUUAUAUAAGUUUUAAAUGCGUGUUCGAGUUAUUAUACGUCGGUUUCUUGUUCAACAAGCUGUCUUUUUCUUCUUCUUCUGCAGUUUAUCUGUGACUGUGUCGGAAAGAGCGUGAUAUGGAGAUGGCAUUAGAAUUAGAUACACUGUAAAAUUUCCCGCUGAAUUAACAAGACCUAUUAGACGGCAUUUCUAGAUCACUUAUAUAUUAUCUCAGAAGCAUUGCAACAUUUUUUUGUAGCCAAAUAUCAUCACUAGAAUGAUUUUUAAAAUCCUUAGAGAAAUAAGUUGGUAUAUCUAAAUAUAUAAUGAGUUU